AUGGCAUCCAAAUUCUGCUUUUCUUUUCUCGUUUUGUUCCUGUCCCUGCAGUUUAACAUAUCACAUGCUCGACACAAAAGAUCCCUACCAGUUAUCAAAUUUAUCAGUGCACUCCCAAAGGGAUCUUCCCCAGUUAUUAUGAACUGCAAGGCGGGCGGCUAUGGGAGAGGCUCCUACACGUUCAAACCAGUAGAUAAUUAUCUGUUGAAGGCUGUCGUAAAUGACACAUACUACUGUUUGUCGACGUUUGGUAUGAAGUUUACUUCUGUUCAUGCUUUUGAUCCGGCAAGAGAUAAAGGCCACGCCACCAUCUUUUGGAAGGUGGAUUUAUAUGGAUUUUCUAUCAGUUAUCGUAAUUCUAGUUUUAAGGUGGAUGCUCCAUGGGAAUCUGAGUGA